AAAAAAAAGAAAAAGAAACCGAAUAUCUUCCAUUUCUUCCAUCUAUGGGUAUCGGAGCCCCGGCUCAUUUUUAACAACAAUUAACAACAAUUUAUUUAUAUUUAAGUGAGAUAUCUCUUUCUAUUUAUAUUCUCUGGGAUUUAAAAGGUUGGGAAAAAGGAAAGUUUUUUUAAUUAUCAUUUCGAGAUCUCGUGUUGCCACUCUUCGGAAAUGUCGAAAUCACCAUGGGGAAAUAUCGGCGCCUGGGCCGCCGAAGCCGAGCGGGAGGAGCAGGAGGAACGGGAGGAGGCCGCCAAAGCUGCGGCUGAGGCGGCUGCCAGGGGUGUUUCCUCCGGCGCCGGCGCCGGCGGCGACACCCAAAAUUACCCCUCCCUCAAAGAUUCCGUCACCACUGCGUCCAAGCAAAAGAAGAAGACCAAAAUGACCUUGCAAGAGUUCACUUUGCAGAAUGCCUAUGGCUCCGGCUCGGCUCAGUCUCGCUUGACCCCGGAGGAAAUGCUCCGUCUUCCCACCCGCCCGAAAGACCGCUCCGCCGGAGAUGAUAUGCAAUACGGAGGAGGUGGUGGUCGCCUUGGGGGAGGGUUUUCUUACACGAACCGCCCCGGCCCCGGGCGGAUGCGUGAUUCGGAUUCUGGCGAUGGGUCCUGGGGUGGAGGACCCCGGAGAUCUUAUGGGGGUUUUGAAGAUGAUCGUCGGAGGGGGCCACCACCCGGUAGGGUUUCGGAUUCUGAUUCAAUUUCGAGGGCAGACGAAGUCGAUAACUGGGCAACAAUGAAGAAGCCUCUGCCGUCAUACAAUUCCGGUCCUGCUCCUGUUGGUGGCCCGGGUCGCCCCAGUAGGUAUGCUUCUUUGGGUGGUGGCAGUGGAGGGUUUUCUAGGGCUGAUGAAGUUGACAAUUGGGCUUCCAUUAAAAAACCUGUUCCGCCUCCAGCAGGUAGAUCUUCGAGUUUCGGGUCUGGGUUUCGUGAUUCCAGGCCAGACCCCGAUAGAUGGACCCGGGAAGUGACUCAGGAUAGGCAAAGAUUGGUGCUUGAUCAGCCCAAAGGAGGUGAAGAUGGUGAAGAGGUGGCGGUGAAGGUGAACAAGCCUAAUCCUUUUGGGGCAGCUAGGCCAAGGGAGGAAGUAUUGGCAGAAAAGGGAUUGGAUUGGAAGAAAUUGGAGUCAGACAUUGAAGCAAAGAAGGUUUUGAGUAGGCCAACUAGCUCUCAUUCUAGCCGCCCCGGGAGCUCGCAAUCAGCAAGGUCAGAUGGGCAGGCAUUGCAAGGAAUAGCUGAUGCCGUGAAGCCGAGGCCGAAAGUGAAUCCUUUUGGAGAUGCUAAACCAAGGGAGGUUUUGUUACAGGAGAAGGGUGUGGAUUGGCGUAAGGUUGAUUUAGAGUUGGAGCAUCGGCGUGUUGAAAGGCCGGAUUCGGAGGAGGAAAAGAACCUGAAAGAAGAGAUAGAACAACUGAAAAAGGAAUCCACGGAGCACUCUGGUGAAAGUCAAUCGAGUAUACUUGAACAACUACAUCAAAAGGAGAGAGACUUGGAGCUGCUGAUACGCGAGUUGGAUGACAAGGUUCGUUUUGCACCAAAACCAGUUGAAAGGCCCGGUUCUGGAGCAGGCAGGUUUGCUGGCCAUACUGAGAGGCCCCCUUCUCAACCGACCGGAUAUCAUGAUGCAAGAGGUGGUGAAUUUACAGAUAGGCCUCGCUCACGUGGCACUGGAGAUUAUCACUCAAGGCCAAUGGAUGAUAGAAGAACAUACCAUGGUGGCAGGGGCAGAGGCUUCAUGAGCAAUAGAGAUGUGGACAGGUCAACAUCAAGAGACAGAUGGUGAAUUUCACUUGCCGUUGGUUCUUAGAAUCUCGUCUAGCCUCUUGUGCCUUCAUCUUGGUCACUAAUUUAGAAAAUAAUACGUAUUAAUCAUCUUUCGUAUUACUCUUUUAAUUUGAUGUGAAUUGGAGGUAGGAAUUGGUAGACUUUGAAAAUCUAGAGUUGAUCAAAUUUAUCGACUCCAAUCUGUGUAAAAAUUGCAUUUCCCUCCCUUAUUUUGCAACCAUCUCGAGGGAGGAACUUAAACGUAUUUUGCAUUGUUCUUCAUAAAGACUCAUGUAAUGCGGGCAGCUUCCAACCCUGUUUGAUUUUAUGCUUUUAGCCUUUCUUUGUUAGUUUUUCUUUUCUGACAGGGUUGUGAAUCUAGCGAACAGCUUCUCAAUUUUGUAUAUUUUUUCAACUUUAGAAGACUAACAUUUUGCUGUCUUUAUAUUUUCUACUAUUUCAUCUGAGUUUGUGUUAUUAAAGGAGUGAACAUCUUGUUUAAUUUAAUUCCGCC